GUCCGUUCGAAAACCCCACGAGACCUGGGAUGAGGGCCGGACACACCUCCUAUUCAUACACUUUCGGAGGUCCGCACGGAUCUCUUGGAUCUGCGCUGGGCCCCCCGUGGCAGCGCCCUCCCGGCCCUUUUUCUUGCGCCAGGCCCAGCGCCGAUUCGAGCCAUCCGCGCGGGCAUCCGCUUGUGAUUAGGCCGCUCGUCUUGUGUCAGGUCUGGCUUGACCCCGACUCUUUCGGCCUGGCCGUCGAGACCUUCGCCGACGGCGCGGCCGCCGAGGCCAAGUUGGCUUCGCUCGGGCCGGACGAGUUCGGCGAGGGAGGUGGUGUGAUCUUCAAGGGUGGGAAGGUUGUAUCUGAGAAGCUCUUCCUCAAGUUCAUGCGGAAGGCGGACUUCGGGGAUUUCCUCCGGAGGGCCACGGAACCACCGGCAGCAGCGGACGGCCCAGACGACGAGGCGAAGUUGGAGGCCGUGGUGACGAGGUUGAGCGAGAAGCUGUCUGAGAUGACCGAGCUGGCGCCGCAGAUAGAGAAGCUCCUCGAGAAGUACAAGGUCAAAGGCAAGGACGCACCAGUGCCGAUCUACGGAAGGCCGUCCCCUGCUCUGGUGCACUUUGCCAGGAUGUUCCCUCAGUAUGUUCAUCUUGGUGCACCCGCACCUGACCUCUUACGCGUUUGAGGUGCACGACAGGCCGUCAAGUCCUGGAUCUCGGCACCCCCUUCCCGGGAGGGAGCCCGUGCAGUCGUUCGUGGUCGCACCACGGCAGCUCUCAGAAAGACGUGCUGCAGUUGACAGCACCGCUAUCUGCGUGAGCGAUGCCAGAAUUCUUACAUGCCGACGCUGCGAGAAUCGCCACUUGGUGAGGGGCCGACCUCUUACCAGAUGUUCCAUUGCCCGUGCGUGCUGGACUGCAGGCUUGAACGACAACAAAAAAUAUCCGAGACGUACCCGACCCUUUCUGCACGCGAGGCGAUUAUUGAUAUCAAUGCGUGGUACGGAAGCACACGUUGCGAGAUAUGCGACAUUCUGAAGAAGUUCGCCAAACACUAUCGGACAACGCACAUCGUACACCUGCACAACUCAGAUCGCAAACAAUAUCUUGCAACCAAUGCGCAACAUCGCCUGGAACCCGCUUGUAGCUCUCCUCCGUGCAGUCGCGCAGGAACUUGGCAAGGCCGAGCGCACACGCCACCUUCAAGGGCUGGUUCCUGCGGCUCUCCGCGCGGGCGAUGGCAAUGGCAAGCGUGAUCUUUCAGGGUACUGCUUUCGGUCCGCCGUUGUGGAUCGUUUUCUUCCGCGAUGCCGCCGGCGCCAUCCAGCAGAACGGGUUCCAGGAGAUGGGUUUCGCUGACGAUUUGAAUGCUGUAGAGCUCCGAAGGCCAAAACAUUGUCAGCCGUAGCUGUUUCUGUUUUCCGUGUGGCAGCAGCUCCUGUUGGUGGCACUGGGCGGGAGGGGGGCGCCCCUUGGCACGGCGCAUCUACAAAUCAGGUCCCGCGGAAUCGAGUCCCGCCAGCACCCGAAGGAGGUCAAAGUCUGCCGCGCGGAUGAUGGCCAGGCUGUCGUGCGUUGUCGCUUGGCAAGCAUGACGCACUGGUGCAGCCAGAGAGCGUCCAAGUCGUUGGUGUUUUUUUGUGUUUUAUGCCCGGCCUGGACGACGUUUAUGCCUGGCGUCGACGAUGACGCCCUGGGGAAUGUUCAGGCCUCCGCCCCUGACAAGCCGUCAGCGUGAGCACCUCGGCGUGGGAGCCGCGAGGUCUCGGCCGGAUCUGCGUGGCCCCCGACACCGCUGGACCUCCCAGGAUCAGGA